CUUCUCAUCUUGCUCCAAUAGGGUGGUGUGGGGAGGUUAUACAAAUAGCAUUCAUUGGAGUUCUGUUGUCGUGGAAGUUCUCUGAGCACACACACUUGUUCCAUAACGGAGCAUUGGUGUGUUGUAUUUUUAGCCCAGUAUAAGGUGUAUGAGCUCAGUUUGAAGAUGUCUCUUAUAGAAGGUCUUCUACAGACAUCAAGCACGGUGACACUGCUGGGUACUGUGCUGUUUCUGCUGGUCCUCUACCUCCGCUCCUCUGGUUCCAACUUUGAGGAACAGGGGAAGGAGCCUCCAGGACCGAGGCCGCUGCCCCUGCUUGGUAACAUGCUCCAGCUGGACCUCAAGAAGCCCUACUGCACUCUCUGCGAGCUCUCCAAGAAAUAUGGUUCCAUCUUCACGGUUCACUUCGGACCCAAGAAAGUGGUUGUUCUGGCAGGAUACAAGACGGUUAAGCAGGCGCUGGUCAACCAGGCAGAGGACUUUGGGGACAGGGACAUCACACCUGUGUUCUAUGAUUUCAACCAAGGACAUGGUAAUGAUAUUUUACUCUUCUGCUGGCUAUGUCCCAUUCGUAAAGGGAUAGUUCACCCAAAUGACAACCUGUCUUAUUGAUUUCCUUAAUCUGUAAGCAGUCU